UCGAAACAUUUACUUUCUGCAAUGUAGGUAGGCCGAUUGAACAACAUGACAGCUUUUGUUUAAAUUUUCUGUACUUCUAAAUUGAGAUUUCGGAACACCUUUUUUUAAAAAACUAUAUUUUUAAUAUGAGAGCUCUAAAAUUAAAUAAAUGUGCAUUAAUAUUCCAAUCGCACCUCAACCUCACUCAAAACUUCUUCACCUCACGUUUAAAGUCUGAUAGCUCAAAAUCUUCGGAUGCAACAAAAAAAGCUGCUACGGCAGGUAAACCGUCUAAAGAUGCUGCACCAGAUAAAACAACUAAAGGUGCUGCGCAAAAUAAAUCAGCUAAAGAUACUGUGGCAGCUCAAUCCACUAAAGAUGCUGCUCCAGGUAAAGCGACUAAAGAUGCAGUUGCAAAUAAAUCGACAAAAGAAGCCGAACCUAAUGAAAAUGCCCCGCCGCCAAAAGACGAAACUGUUAUAUCCGGUGGAUCGACAUCCAAGCCAAAACCACCUCCUGUCUCACCUCCAUCAAGUCAAUCAAAAGGCAAAAAGGAAAAUUGUGACACAAUAAUUUAUCAGAAAGUUGCUCCAAAAAAUACAAGUAAAAAGAAUCAACCUUUAACUAAAAUUCAAGGAGGCGCUCUUGAGUGUAAAGGAAGAUUACCAAAAAUACCAACACCGCCAGAGGUAAACCACGCAAGUCGUUAUCAAAAAUUAUCGCUAUUUUUGGCUUUGCCUUUGAUCGCCAUUCUUACGCUAUUUAUUUUUGGCUCUCGGAUCGAAGGGGAUCGCUCAGAAUUCAAAAACUAUGGUUAUUUGUAUAAGCGUGAAAAACGGUUUCAUUUCGGUGAUGGGAAUCGAUCAGCUUUUCAUAAUAGUCAUUAUAAUGCUUUGCCGCCAGAUGGAUAUGAGGAUGAAAUCGAUGAAGAAGGGCUUGGGCAGGAUAAGGAAACGGAAGAAGACAAGAAAUCCCGAUUAAAAGAAUUUCAGAAAAUUUUUAAGCAAUGGAAAAAGCAUUCUGACAAAAGGGAGGCUCGGGCGCAAAAGGAAAUGGCGGCUGCCCAUUAAAACUUUAAAAUAAAUAGCAAAAUAUGUAAGAUGGGCAUUACUGGA